GCCUAAUGGAGGAGGAAACAUCAAUUCUAUUCCAAUGAACAAUGCUGGAAUAAUCAAUGGAAUAGAAGGAUACCCUUUCAUGACUCAACAGUACUACAACAACCCUAAUGCUCAUCAAGAGAUGAAUAUUGGCUCUUCCCAUGCCGCUGGUUACAUGGUGAAUAAUUCAAAUGGCCAAUUCAUCAUGGGUUCCUCUUCUCCUUCUGCUUCUGCUGUUGGAGUUGCGGUGAACAACUUGAACAGUGACCUUCCAGCGCCAACAAUGAAAGAAUACACCCUCCUCAACAUCUCUAACAGGAGGAGUACUACUGGUCGCAAGAAAAGCUACAAUAAUAAUUUUAAUGAUCCCAACAAGCAAUGCAGUAACUAUAACUGCAGAACUAGCUGCACCCCUAUGUGGCGCAAAGGUCCACUUGGUCUCAAUACUCUGUGCAACUCUUGCGGGAUCAAAUAUAGAAAAGAAUGGAAGAGAAACCAAGAUCAUGAGCAAGAAAUGAUGAAGAAGCUGCAGGAAGGACGUGGUGGAACAAGUGAUGAUGCCCAAGACAAUGAUUGAAAGUUCGAAGCAAAUGGAGUCUCGUAUGUAUCGGAUCGGAUCUAAUGCUGUGAGCCUCUCCAUCUCUUUCUUAUAAUAAAUAUAUGGAAAAAGGAAAUGUUAUGGAUUAUCCUUAUUAGCUUUUCUUAAGUUUUCGUUUUGGAAUAAGUGGGGCCAGUCGACUCAGUUAAAUUAAUUGGCCA